UCCAGGCUCCGUCCGCUGCCCUUUGUGCUUCAUGUACAUGUGUCUAUUCAGCGCAUCCGGAGGCGCCCAGACCAGAAUCCAACACGGCUGCCGGGGAGAGACCACCCACCAUGCCCACGGAGACCCUACAGACAGGUAGCAUGGUGAAGCCGGUCAGCCCCGCGGGCACCUUCACCUCGGCAGUCCCCCUGCGCAUCCUCAACAAAGGGCCCGACUACUUUCGCAGGCAGGCCGAGCCCAACCCCAAAAGACUCAGCGCCGUGGAGAGGCUGGAAGCGGACAAGGCCAAGUAUGUCAAGAGUCAGGAGGUCAUCAACGCCAAGCAGGAGCCCGUGAAGCCGGCCGUGCUGGCCAAGCCCCCCGUGUGCCCGGCCGCCAAGCGCGCCCUGGGCAGCCCCACGCUGCGGGUGUUCGGCAGCCACGCCAAGACCGAGAGUGGCGUGCAGAGGGAGAACCUGAAGCUCGAGAUCCUGAAAAACAUCAUCAACAGCUCCGAAGGCUCCAGCUCGGGCUCGGGGCACAAGCACAGCUCCCGGAACUGGCCGUCCCACCGGCCAGACUCCACCGACCUGCACCGGCACUCCUUCGCAGAGUCCCUGAAGGUGUACCCCACGCAGGGCCGCGGCAGCCCGCAGGAAGGCGGCUCCCACGUGGGCAGGAGGCUGCUGGAGCAGUCGGCUGAGUCCUUCCUCCACGUCUCCCACAGCUCCUCGGACAUACGCAAAGUGACCAGUGUGAAGCCCCUAAAAGCGAUCCCCUGCAGUAGCUCCGCCCCUCCCCUGCCUCCCAAACCCAAGGUCGCGGCCAUGGCCACCGUGAAGUCCCCUGAAGCCGACCCGGUGGAACCAGCCUGCGGAGUCAGCCGGAGACCCUCGCUCCAGAGGUCUAAGUCGGACUUGAGUGACAGGUAUUUCCGCGUGGACGCAGACGUGGAGAGGUUUUUUAACUACUGCGGACUGGACCCCGAAGAGCUGGAAAACCUUGGAAUGGAAAACUUUGCAAGGGCUAAUUCCGACAUCAUCUCCCUCAACUUCCGCAGCGCAAGCAUGAUCAGCUCAGAUUGCGAACAGUCUCAGGACAGUAACAGUGACCUUAGAAAUGAUGACAGUGCCAAUGACCGGGUGCCAUAUGGCAUUUCUGCCAUCGAAAGAAAUGCUAGGAUCAUCAAGUGGUUAUAUAGUAUCAAACAAGCUAGAGAGUCACAGAAGGUCUCCCACGUGUAAGACAAAGUGCGUGCAAAGGAGGGAGGGGUGGGUCUCUGUGCAUCCGCAGUCGUGAAGGUUGUGAGCUUCUCCACUCUCUUUGUGUUGCUUGUUGUGCAAUGUUUCCAAGUUGCAUGCCUGUCAACAUGGGGACUGACCUGGCUUCCACGUGAACCAUCGCUGUAGAGCCUGGCUGAACACAACGUCAUCUGCCAAGAGUUUCAGGCCAGAAUCCGAUUAGGGCUUCGAUCUUAAGCAAAACUGUUUACACGAAAAACGGUAUACAACUUCUUCAAUAUUUAUGUGGUUCUUGUGUUUUUAUAUCCCGCGCUCUUGUGUCUUAAUUAAAAGUUUUAUCAAUUGGCUUUUAGGUUAAGAGUAGAAUCUUUUUGAAAUAAAAAGCCAAUUUGCCUACAUGUGAGCCCGAAACAGUGGGGAAAAAAUCAAUGGGAUCUGCUACCAAACAGAUACAGUGACUGACCUAAGAUAGAGAACCACGCUGGGUUUUCUGAGGAAGAAAGCGGUGAGCCUGAUGUUAAUCAUUUGCGUAUUGGAAUUCUCCUGCCACUACUAAAGUAAGGGUUGGGGCAAUAGUGCUACGUUUUGUGUCCAAUUAAGUGUGUAAAUGUUGGUGCUUCUGUGUAAUACCCCAAGGAAAGACAAUCAGAAACAAUGAAGGUGAUUAAAUCUAGGAGUUUGGGGGUUGGGGGUUUUGUUGAUGUUGUUCUCUGAUUUGGGUUGAUUCCGAAAUUUCUCCUAUUAAUCUUUUGACGGGAAUGGCCAUCCUAAAGCUGAUACUAAAUGUCUUUAUAAAAAAAAAAAGUUGUUUGUUUUUUUAUCAAGAACUAAUUCUAUGCUGACUCUCUUCCCUCUCUCCUUCCCUCCCUGUGUUGUUGAUUUAUUUGGGAGAGGGGAGUGGGGCUUGUGCAGGGGUGAGCUAUCCGAAGACAUGAACACAAAUGGAAACACCAGCCAUAUCGGUAUAGAGCCUCCCAUUCAAAAGCGAAUACCUUUCGUAGCUGAACCAUAUCUGAGCAGUGCGAUCGUGUUGUCUGGCGUAUGUUAUUCUCUCAGGCUGUGGACCUUUGCUACAGCUCUAGGAAACUGUAGAAACAUGAUGCUUCUCCACCCUUUGGUCUCUAGUGCUCCAUAUCGACUCGUUCCCGUUUUCCCCAGUGACCUGUCUUGCAGGUGGGUCGUUAGCUGUGGACCAGCUGACAGUGGUGUGUGGUAGCUGAGAGGUAAAAACGUGUAGCGGUCUGCUUCAUUGCUCCGUACUCAUGCUCUGAAGUUCUCAGCCGCACUACCUUAGACUUUAUCAGCGAAUGGGGAACUUUUUAUGGUGUAAAUGCUGUAAGACUUUGUACAUACUUCAGUUGUUAUGAAAUCUUUAAGAAAAAAGAAAACGUUACG